CGGAGGCGCUGGCUGAGGAGAAUCGGCCGCGGUCUCUAUAGACCGAGGGGCGGGCGGCCCGGUAUGGAGAGCGGCCCCGAGAGCCUGCAGCCGCUAGAGCACAGGGUGGCGGCCGGGCCAGCGCCAGGGACAGGUUCUCCGCAGGAAGGGAGACAGGAGACCAGGCUUGCCGCUGGGGAUGGUCCUCCGCUGUGGGCAGCGGACAGCGGCGGCGGGAAUGGGCAGGGGGCGGCGGCCGCCGGCAGGAGCCCCCCGGACUCGGCUUCUCCCGCGGGCUCUCCUCAGGUUCCCGGACCCUGCAGCUCCUUUCCGGGCUUGGACUUGAAGGAAAGCGCUUUGGAGAGUCUUGUUGCCGCGAAGGCGCCUCUGAGAGGGCAGCACAAGGUGACCGCCUCCCCGGAGACAGCCGAGACCGGAGCGGGCCAUGGGUUGGGUCCGGCCGGAGACACGGGAGCCCGCCCGGAUCCCGCCGGCACCUGCCGGGCAGAGCUGACGGCCGCCGGCUCCGAGGAGCCCAGCAGUGCCGGCGGCCUCAGCAGCAGUUGCAGCGACCCGAGCCCUCCUGGUGAAUCGCCGAGCCUGGACUCCCUGGAGUCGUUCUCUAACCUGCAUUCUUUCCCCAGUAGCUCCGAAUUCAAUAGUGAGGAGGGAGCGGAGACCAGGAUCCCGGAGGAGGAGGAGGAGGGUGCGGCGGUGUUGCCCGGGGCUGUCCCUCUGUGCAAGGAGGACGAGGAGGAGGAGACCGCUCAGGUGCUGGCGGCCUCCAAGGAACGCUUCCCGGGACAAUCUGUGUAUCACAUCAAGUGGAUACAGUGGAAGGAAGAGAACACACCCAUCAUCACCCAGAAUGAGAAUGGACCCUGCCCUUUGCUGGCCAUCCUCAAUGUUUUGCUUCUGGCCUGGAAGGUGAAACUUCCACCGAUGAUGGAAAUCAUAACUGCUGAGCAGCUGAUGGAAUAUUUAGGAGAUUACAUGCUUGAUGCAAAGCCAAAAGAAAUUUCAGAAAUUCAACGCUUAAAUUAUGAACAGAAUAUGAGUGACGCAAUGGCUAUUUUGCACAAACUACAGACAGGUCUGGAUGUAAACGUAAAAUUUACUGGUGUUCGAGUGUUCGAAUAUACACCGGAAUGCAUAGUAUUUGAUCUUCUUGAUAUUCCUUUGUACCAUGGGUGGUUAGUAGAUCCUCAGACUGAUGACAUUGUAAAAGCUGUUGGUAACUGCAGCUACAAUCAACUAGUGGAAAAGAUCAUCUCUUGCAAGCAGUCAGACAAUAGUGAGCUGGUUAGUGAAGGCUUUGUAGCUGAGCAGUUUCUAAAUAACACAGCCACUCAACUGACAUACCAUGGAUUAUGUGAACUAACUUCAACGGUUCAGGAAGGAGAACUUUGUGUGUUCUUUCGGAAUAAUCAUUUUAGCACCAUGACCAAAUACAAGGGUCAACUGUAUUUGUUGGUAACAGACCAGGGGUUUCUUACUGAAGAAAAAGUUGUUUGGGAAAGCCUGCACAAUGUAGAUGGUGAUGGAAAUUUCUGUGACUCAGAAUUUCAUCUGCGGCCUCCGUCAGACCCUGAAACUGUAUACAAAGGACAACAAGAUCAGAUAGAUCAGGACUAUCUUAUGGCAUUAUCUCUGCAACAAGAACAGCAGAACCAAGAGAUAAAUUGGGAACAAAUCCCAGAAGGAAUCAGUGAUUUGGAACUAGCAAAGAAACUCCAAGAGGAAGAGGAUAGACGGGCUUCUCAAUACUAUCAGGAACAGGAACAAGCAGCAGCUGCUGCUGCUGCUGCUUCUACACAGGCUCAGCAAGGCCAGCCAGCACAAGCCUCUCCAUCAAGUGGAAGACAAUCUGGGAAUAGUGAACGUAAACGGAAGGAACCUCGAGAUAAAGAUAAAGAAAAAGAAAAGGAAAAAAAUAGCUGUGUCAUCUUGUAACAAGUGUUGGAAUCUCUUCAAACCACCUAUACUCAUGUCUUGAGAAACAAAACCACAAGAGGAAAGGAAGAAAAACCGAUAAAUACCGUCUGUGCCUGAUUUCCCAAUGGAUUUUGUUCAUGUUUUUCAGGAGAAGGGUUGUUACUUAGUUACAAUCAGUCUUUUUCAAGUUACACAAUACAGUCUUUAUGAGCUGGAGUUUCAUGUUACAAGUUGGAGAUGCUGUGUGUUGUCAUUCAUGAAAAAUACUGCACUUGUAGCCAAAUAAGCAAAUCACAGCAAAUUUUGUGUCAUAGUGACAUUCAUAACUCAUAUCAGUUAGUAAGCUAUUUUAUCUUCUGUUCUAAUGAUGAAUGGAGGUAAUUGAUUUAGUCUGAUUCCUUCCUGAAAUCUAAAUAUUAGCACAAUAGUUUCUGAAAUUUUUACAAUGUUAAAUUAUGACCUAAUCCAUGAGAAACCAGGGGUUUAAUAUAGGGAUUUUAAAGAGAAAAAAAAAAAAAAGACAAAAAAAUAGCAGGAAUAAAUAACUCUUAAUUGUAUAUUGGACUAGUUGAGCCCUUGAACAGCUUUACCUUUCUUUAGGGAUGUACAUUUUAGAUAUUAUCUUGCGAACUGAUAAUGGAGCUUGGAUUUAAUUUAGAUAGAAAAAAUAAAGAUUUCUAUUUCUUUUCCAAUAGCAAAAAAUUACAUAACACUAAUACUCAUAACCUAUCAAAAUCAGAUGUUAAUGACUUUGUAGUGUUGUGAAAUAUUGAGGAAUUUUGAAAUCUUUAAUAUAGGUAACUUGGACCACAGUUACUAUUUAUUGACAAUGUGAUAAGUGAGUGUAAGGAGGAAAUCAUGGUGGAUGCUAUGCUUUGUAAAUAUGGGGAUAUAGAAAAACAGAUAGUUCAGUGUCUACCUUUUUCUAGAAUUACCUUGAACCUUAAAUUUUAAAUCAUGUUUAUUGGUAGAAAAUUAAGUAUACUUAUUAAAACCAACAGAAAAGCACAUUUCUGAAAGGAAAUUAGAGAUAAUCUCUGAGUCUAGUGAAAAGACAUUAAUAAAAAUGUGUUUGAGAGUAGAUAAGAAUUUGGAGGAAUUUCUGUAAAAACAAUCAGAUUUUUUUAAGUUACAGGAACCAAAUAAACUUAUAACAUCUUGUAGUGUUUAUAGGAUUCAGAAAGAAUAUUUAUUUAACUUUAUUAUAAGGCAACACAUAUUUUCCUGUAUUUCUAGAUAUAGUUUGGAAAACUAUCCUUAUAGUCCUUUUUAUAUGCUUUAUUUUUAAAAGUUUGUUUUAGUCAUUUUUGAAAAGACUAUUGCUGCUGCAAGUAGUUGUGUGAUGUACAUUCUAAGCCUCGGUAAAUUUGUUUAUUUAAGAGCAUCAUAAUCUGACCUGAGUAUCCACUUGGAGAAUGUCUUUUGUUGUCUAGAGUGACAAAAGACUACACAAAAAAUGUGGUCUGGAUUUUUUAAGCUAUGUCAUUAACUUUCCCCAUGAUCUAAGACCAGUUAUAGGAUGAGUCUAUGUGUAAAAAGUAAAGUCUUAUUUAUGGAAGGAAUUAUUGUAAGGGGAAAAUCCAGGGUCAAGCUGUAUUUUUUAUGUCUUUCUAUACUGAAUGUCUGUUUAUGUUAUACAAUUUGUUAUUUUGUUAUUUGUUACAAAUUUGUUAUUUGUUAUUUGUUCUUCAAAUUUCCAA